CUGGGUAACUUUUGUUGCAAUAUGGGUGUGACUUUUGAUGGAGCUCCCCCUCCCAGUUAUGUCAUUACUUCAGUUCCUUUGAAUCAGAAUAAAAAGUGCAGCAAACUUCAGACUCAUUGACUGCAGGCUUAACAAGCAUCGGGGCUUUUCUUCUUUCCGCAGCUUGCAAGGAUCUCUGGUUUUUGCAAAACAGCUCCGAGAAAACAAUGGCCAACCUCUCCUUAUGGGCAACUUUUGGAUUUUGUUUGCUGAAGCUUUGUUUAACAGAAACACAAUUCAAUGUAAGUUGCAGAUAUGGAGGCGUUUUUCAUGUUGAGAAAAACGGUCGCUACAGUCUCACACGAUCUGAAGCAGUAGAACUCUGCAGAGCUCUCAAUAGUACCUUGUCAACACUAGAACAGUUGAAGAAAGCUCAUGAACUUGGAUUUGAGACUUGCAGGUAUGGUUUUGUAGUGGGGAAUAUUGUUAUCCCACGAAUCAACCCCUAUCAUCUUUGUGCAGCAAAUCAUACUGGCAUUUACAAACUCACAUCAAACACAACUGGCCGGUAUGAUGCAUACUGUUACAACGCCACAGAAACAAGGGACAAAGUCUGUGAGCCAAUUGAAAGACUAGAUACUUCUUUCCUUAAUAAUCAGGGUGAAAUAGUCAUUGACAAUGCAGAUGGCUCACGUUAUAAUGCAGAUGGCACACGUCAUAGCGGAGAGUCCUCAACCUCGGGUGCAGAUGAUGAAAAUGCAGGUAGUGGAUCAACACAUGACACAACUCCCAUGGAUACCUCCAUCAGAAGAUCCAGCCCCUCAUAUUAUGGAAGUGCUACUCCAGUCUCACAGCUGCCAGAUCAUUCUUCUGGAGGGGGUGAAAAAGAAAUUCCUAGAAAAGAUUCUGGUAAGGACAAUUAUGAAGUUUCUCCUGUAUCACCUGACAUCUCUUUGGUGACGGCAGCUGAUGAUUCCCCUGAAAGAGAUGGUGGACAGUAUCCUGCGAGUACUAUCACAGCCUCCACAGAUGUUCUGCAACAAGAAGAUAUAACCCAGGAAGCAUGGGCAACUCGCAUCGUAGUAACAGCUGUUGCCUCUCUUGAUGGUGCCCACCACGAAGACCCAACUCAGCCACCGCUGCCUUCAGAUAAUGAACCAGGACAGGGCACUGAAGGCAUCACGCAUCCCACAGACGCCCCUGGGGAUGCAGUCCUCCACAGGACCACAGCCAGUACGAAUAAAGGUGGUGAUGACUCUCCUCUGACGGGUACCAUCACAGAGUCCGUGGAUGGUGUUAAGCGAGAGAAAGCAACCAAGGAGCCCCUGCCACCUAGCACUCCACCUGGAAGUGAAAGUGAACAAGCAAGCACCACAGAUGGUUCCCAUGUCAACUGGAGACCUGGAGUCUUUCCAGACACCGAAGAUCGUCUUUACCAAUUGCAGACCCCUCUUCCUACUAGAUUUACCUCCAGUAUAUAUGAUAAUCAAGGACCACACAAGGAACACUAUGAAUCCACUACUUUCCCUGGAAAGACCAUAAUGCCACCAACCUCACAACCAAGGUCGGCCCAGGUACCAGAAUGGCUGAUCAUAGUGGCUGCUCUUGUGGCACUUGCGUUGAUUCUUGCGGUAUGCAUUGCUGUUAACAGUCGGAGAAGAUGUGGGCAGAAGAAAAAGCUAGUGAUUAACAAUGGUAAAGGAGCAGUGGAGGACAGGAAGACAAGUGGAUUAAAUGGAGAUGCCAGCAAAUCACAAGAAAUGGUGCACUUGGUUCAUAAAGAACAGUCAAAUGACCGAACAGGAGCAUGUGAUGAAUUCUUGACCAUUAAUGAAACACAAAAUCAUCAGGAGCUUGACAUGAAGACUGGAGUGUAAUGGUACCAAGUUGCCAAGUGGAUCAGAGCUGGGGAAAUCAAAAUCACAUGGAACUUGGACAGGAAUUCACAGAUGCACUGUGCUACUGAUAUUAUUUGAACAUAAUUAAACAUAAGUUUUAUUCAUUUUUAAUCACUUUAAAAUGAUGUCUGAGUUACAAAAAUGAAAUUUACUUUCCAAAAUAAGCCCCCAAAAGUUGCAAAAUGUUUUCAGUUCCCAGUUCAUACACAAAGGACACUCACAGUGUCCUGGGUGUUAGGAGGGAUACAAGUUUACGUCACUGUUCCCCAGCUGGAGGGUCUUCACUGUGCGGAGCUACAGAAGUAUCCAGUCAUUCCAUCUUACAGGCAUUUCAGGUACUAAACUUGCCAUGGCACAAGAGUAAGCGAGGAACAAAUGUCAAGAGCAAAAAUCAAGUUUAAACCAAAAAGGCUACACGAUGUCUAAAACAUCUGAAUCCGUCAGAAAUGCCUACCAGCCAGGAAAAGCGGUAGGUACAUUCAGAGUCUGCCAGUUUAAACAAAAAGUGACAUUUUAAUGGAUUGGUCUGCAAUGAGGGAAACCCAGAGGACAAAAUUUAUUUAUCUGUAUUUUUAAAUGUCUACCGGCGUAGAGCAAGUCUUCUUGGGAGGGGGAAUGAAGAGAUGAAAAUAUGAGCUGAUACAUAAUAAACGUCUAUAGUUUAUUAUCCUGGCGAUCUGUACAGUUAUCCUUGAGUUUUAGAGGUGUUCAUUGCUCUUCCCCCUCCCUCCUUCAUUGGUCACAGUUUGUGCAUGUUUUUAAUGAGUCUGUUAGUUAGGAUAAUGAAUAAAACAGAACGACCCCAGCUCUAUCACACAUGCACAAAUCAAGCAAAUGGAGAUCAUUAGGGAAGAUGACAGUGUUUUACUCCAGAAGACUAGGUCUCUAUCUUCUUCUGCUGCAUUUUACUUAGUAAAACCUUUUUCCCCUAUAACUAUUAUGUUAUACCAGUUUGCUGAUAUCUUAAAAGUUGUCUUUCUGUGAUCUCGCUCACUUCCUCUGAGUUCUACUUCGACCCUGUUUUCCCUCUGCUUUUUAAAAAUACCAAAAGAAACAUUGCUUGCUUAUUGGUACCAGAAGUUCAAAUUCUAUAGAAAAGAUCAAGGAAAAUUAAAGGAAAUCCUCCCAGCUAUGUAAUAUAGCAAAAUAGCUGCAGCUGCAUUGUUAUAUGCUUUUGUUUUGUCCUUAUGUGUCUGUUAUGUAAAGUAUUUGUAUUAAGCUAUGAUGCUGUGCAUUAUAUGGAUAUGAAUUGUCAGAAAGAAAAUUAUUUACUACCAGUGGUCUGUGCCAUUUUUAAGAAAGCGUAUUGGAAUGCAGGGAGAAUGAUGACUUCUAAUUGGGCUGCUUCAAAAAAGAUGCAAGAAAAAACAGUCUAAGGCAAUUGCAGCCUUUGUCAGCUGUGGGAUGGGCAGUAUCCUGUAGCAGGGUUAUUCAAGUGUUUCUGUUCACUGACCAUAGCACCUGUCUUUCAAACUGUUCUGCUAAAGCAUAUUAUUUUAUGUUCUCCAUCUGAAGCAAUUUGGAGGAUGAGUGUUCAGCUUGCUAAAUACUAACAUUAGCAAGCACUGAUCUUUACUGGAACAUAAAGCACAAGACUGUUGAUUAUAUUUCUCAGUCACAGCCCUCCAGCAGUUUCCCAUGUGUUUCUUCAAGUCGCUCGGUGCCCUAGUAUCUGCCGGCAGAUCUCCUCAGGGGCAAUUUAUGCCUGGGCAAAAGAUCCCAAGAUGAGGUGUGAUUUUAAAGUACGCAUAGGAUGUUUCCUGACUUUAUGUAGAUCAGCACGUCUCAUCUAUGAACAGUCACACAGCUUGUGGUCCAAAGGUAAACAAGCCGAAGCUAAUGAGGUCAAGGUGAUUUACACUAUCAGUAUUUGUGGCCUGCUGGCAAACUUCUCAGCCCUUUCAUGUAUUUUAAUACUGAACUGUGUAGUGGGAAGCCUGUUGACUCUGUGCAUUGAUUUUUUUUUUUUUAUUUCCUGUAAUAUUUUUAAGCAAGCUUUUCUAUUUGCCAUUAUAAAUCAAAAUAAUCUGUUAAAGGCUGUGUUUUAAUUUAUAUUAUGUACUCAUUUCACUAAGUAUGGUGAUCCAGAGUAGGAAUUAUUCCUCUUUAAAUCCUGGCUGAAUAUAGGUCUCAAUCAAAAGGAGAUAUUUCAAUGUCUUGGAGGCUAAAUUUUUCUUAAAAAAGAAAGAAAAAGGCACAUUAUUCAUCUCCCUAUUCAGAUGUUUAAUGGAGAAAUCCACAAUCUCCUUCUUAAUUAUCUAUAAAUUAGCUAUAAAUGCAUGGAAAACACUGGUUAUCUUCUUUUUAUAUUUUAAAAUAGGGAAAUGCUCAAGUUCUCUUUACAGAGGCAAUGCCAUUAUUUUAUAUAUGAUGAUUAUUUUUAGAUUAUGCCAUGUGAUUCAUGUGUAAUCAAGUUUCAUCAUAGUUUCAAAACUAGAUGGCCAUUUCAUGUGUAAUAUAGUACAUAUUUUUAUUAAUCUUGAUUUUAUUAUUUGAGGGGUUAUUUGUUGUGUGUAUGUAUGUUUUAUAUAGAGCACUUGAUAUUUGCAUAUUUAUUGAACAGGUUAAGCAGAAUGAAAGAAAAUAUAAUCUCUAAAUUGUAACUAGGAAUAGUAUUGCUAAAACGACAUUGAACUGUAAAAUAAGCUUCCAAAAAUAAACUUGAUUCCACACUGAGGGUAAAAAGUAAGACCGGCAUUAUUAGUGGGAGAGAAGUAUUCAGCAGGAUAACCACGUUUAGUACUGGUGAGACAGGGGUCAUUUUUUCGGCUUGCAAAUUCUAAGCCGGGCUUAGCUGAAUGCUGUGUGACCUUGUCUGCUCUGCCAGCCUCCCAUAGGCUCCCCAGAUGUUCUGGGAGUUAGUGAUUAACUCAGCUUCCCCCUGGAAGCAGACAACUUGUUCCAAUUUAAGAUCAACUCAGUAAGUUCUUGAAGACUAUUCCUUGCUCACUGAACCAAUGGCAUUUGGGUGAGCGCAGUGCCCAGCAAGAUCCAGCCCUUCCUUCAGGGUGCUGACAGACAAACUGUGUCUUGGUCUAUCCUUGGUACCUGGGAAGAAUGAGCACCUCUCCUAAAAAUGCUGAGAAUACCAGGCUGGACCUACAACAGACCCCAUGGUCAGCUUGUUUUAUUCCUUUGUCUCAGUUUUAAAUAAAUGUAAUCCAGACCAUAUCUCUCAUGGAAAUACUGUCUAAAGCAGUAAGCAUAUUUAAAAGAAGGGUUUUAUGUUUUAUGAGAAUGUAAUAUUUUCAUCAAACAAUCUGGGGUGAUUGGUUCAACUUCAUUUUCUUGAAGAUCUUACAAGGAAUGUCUGAUUAAAGCAGAGAAAGGGUAUGUGGCCAUCAUGUCUACGUGCAUGGAGGUUUCCACAGCAUCAGUUCCGAAAUCAUAUUUCUGCACAAUGUUUUUCACAUGAUAGGGAUGACUUUUGUGUGUCCUUUGUCAACAACAACAACAGCUUCCGUACUGAGCAGUUUGAAGCAGGUUGCCUGGAAUAUCAUUAGGUGACAAUUACCAAGUGUCUCUUUAGCACAUCGAAACAAUGCUGGGCAGGGACAGAGGUCAGUAUGUCAUCCUGGUUAGGACUGGUCCUAAUUACUCUUUCUGUAGAUGGCGGAUAGAGAUUAAAUCCUCUGACAACUGUGUUCUUCCUCAGGAUACACAGAUGCCAGGAUAUUUUGUAAGCCUGCAGUUACUUAUGCUAUAUUAGGCCAUUCAUCAAUUAUUAUUUCUUAUCCUUAUUAAACAAUUCAAGGUUCUGA